AUGAACGUCGACAAGGAGAAAAAGAGGAGCAGCUCAGAGCGUCGCAAAGAGAAAUCCCGCGACGCCGCUCGCUGCCGCCGUAGCAAAGAGACCGAAGUUUUCUACGAGUUGGCCCACCAGCUUCCACUUCCGCACAGCGUUAGCGCUCACCUGGACAAAGCGUCCAUCAUGCGGCUGGCCAUCAGCUUCCUGCGCACGCGACGACUCUUCGACGGCCACAGCGGUGGCGGCGACAAGCAGAUGAGUAGCCUGUACCUUAACUCUCUGGAGGGCUUCAUCACCGUGGUAACGUCGGACGGCGACAUGAUCUUCCUGUCGGAGAACAUCAGCAAGUUCAUGGGACUUACGCAGGUGGAGCUGACCGGCCAAAGCAUCUUCGACUUCACGCACCCGUGUGACCACGACGAGAUCAGAGAGAACCUCAGCCUCAAAACAGCAAGUCAGUCGUUUUUAGUUGACAAAUGCACACGUGGAAAGAAGGGCAAACAGCAGAGCGUGGAGCGGGAUUUCUUCAUGCGGAUGAAAUGCACGGUGACCAACAGAGGGCGCACUGUUAACCUCAAGUCCGCUAGCUGGAAGGUGCUGCACUGCACGGGCCAGCUGAAGAUGUACACGGGCUUGCCGCAGCUUCCGUUGUGCAGAUUGAAGGAGCCGGCGAUGACCUGCACAGUUCUCCUGUGCCAACCCAUCCCGCACCCGACCAACAUUGACGCACCACUCGACAGCAGGACCUUCCUCAGCCGACACAGCAUGGACAUGAAGUUCACCUAUUGUGAUGAAAGAGUGAGCGAUUUGAUGGGCUACACACCCGACGAUCUCCUGGGCCGGUCGGUUUACGACUUUUAUCACGCUCUGGACUUGGACAGCGUCACUAAGAGUCACCAGAACAUGUGCAGCAAAGGCCAAGCAGUUAGCAGCCAGUACCGAAUGCUAGCUAAGAGCGGUGGCUAUGUGUGGGUGGAGACGCAGGCCACGGUCAUUUACAACGGCCGCAAUUCGCAGCCUCAGUGCAUCGUCUGUGUCAACUACGUGCUCAGUGACAUCGAGGAGAAAAGCACCAUCUUCUCUCUGGAGCAAACAGAGGCGCUGUUCAAGCCAAAAAUGGCCGGCGUGUUCUUCACCGGGGAGAACGGAGGGAGCGACGAGGCGCUCUUCACUAAACUCAAGGAGGAACCUGAAGAGCUUGCACAGCUGGCACCGACAGCGGGAGACACCAUCAUCAGCCUUGAUUUCGGCCAUCCUCUUUUUGAGAGACCAGCGCUGGCUUAUGCCCAGCACCCCUCAGCCUCCAUGCCCGUCCGGGGCACCCCGACCUGGGCCGACGAGAUGCUGGAGGCCGCCACCCCUCCGGCGGUUGGCGACGUGUCCGGCGUGGCUGCCGCUGCCACCUCCACUUUCACGGCACAGCAGAUCCCGCCGCCCUGCAGUGCCACCCCUAGUCUGAGUAGCUGCUCCACGCCCAGCAGCCCCGGCGACUACUUCAACACUACCGACGGAGAACUGAAGGUGGAGCUGACGGAAAAGCUUUUCGCUUUGGACACGGAGGACGACAACUCUGCAAAGACUCAGCGGGACUUGAGCGACUUUGACUUGGAGACGUUGGCUCCGUACAUCCCCAUGGACGGAGAAGACUUCCAGCUCAAUCCCAUCAACCCCGAGGCCGAGCCCCUGGACGCGGGGCCCCUAAGAGGCUCCCCGCUGAUCGGCGGUGGACACCCCCCGUCCCAGCAGAGUUUCAGCAACAUUGUCAGCCUCUUCCAGCCCCUUUCCUCCCCGCCCCGCAGGCAAGAGCGCUACUGUCCGCCAACCGCAGCCCCCUCCUGGGCGGAGGAGCAGGCCCGGGGUCAAGGGGCUCUGGACCCGAGGGCCAGUGCUUACGUGAUUGGGCACGCGCAGAACCCGCCUUACCGGGCACCGGCCAGCACCCCCCUGUCUUCAAUGGGUGGCAUUCAGAACCUGCAGUGGCCCCCGGACCCUCUUUUGACUUACCAUCAACAAGCGGUCAACAAGACAUUUUCUAUGGCGACCGAGCGGCAGCCAUGUUUCCAGCAGAACCUGCUGCAUGGCAUGCAAAAUGACAGGUCCGUGGAAGAUUUGGGGCGCAACUACAGAGAUGCGAGUCCGGUCAAAAACAUCAAGCGCUCCUUCGGGCAGAUGAUGGGUCAAAAUCGGGCGCCAGGAAGCUUGCAAAAGAAAAUGAGGGGUGAAACGGACACUCGAGCGGGACCCUUGCCCGAUACAGUCUCGCCCAUCCAGAUGAUGCUCGGCACCAGAAUCCCGUGUUUCAGCGCUCCGCCCCAGCACCGAAAGUCUGAAUAUCCCGGAAGUAUGACGGGUGAGGCACAGCUCGACGUUAGCGACUUGUGACCCGCUUUCCUCACAUAUUUCCCCCUCGCAGGUCUUGCCAGUCGUCUUCUGGGCCCAUCAUUGGAGCCGAAUUUCCUGCCCGAGUUGACCCGCUACGAAUGCGAAGUCAACGUUCCGCUGCAGGGCAACCUGCACCUGCUCCAAGGCUGCGACCUGCUCCAAGCUUUGGAUCAGGCCACCUAG